ACCUGGAAUGGACGCUUUUGUUUUCCUGGGACUGAACCAAGUACCUGCGGACACAAUGUUAUUAGGCUUUUAUUAGCACUCCUGGAUUUUAAGAUUUGUUUCUGGGGGUAGAUUUUUUUUAAAUUUGUCCAAUUAAAUUGGAAAUGAGGAUUAAUUUUUGAAUUAUAAAAAGAUGAGUUUUACUUGUAAUUCGUAAAACCCUCUUGUGAGCAUGCUUUUGUCGUCACUGACAGCGCUAGAGAAGAAACCGAUGAACGACUUUGCUGAUUAAAAUUUGGACAAAAUUUGGUCAAACAAAAGGGAAGAAUAACUGGAUAUCACAGGACUAUGAACUGAUAUGAGGGGAUCAUCCCCAGACACUGGACCAGAAACAUAAACCAACACCAGACACACAGACAGAUCACUUCAACUGUGGAGACGGGCAGCGUGCUGUCCAAAGACCCAGCCUGACGCACGGAGACGGACAGACAGACAGACAGUCUGAUGCCAACUGUCUCCACUGUCAAUCUCACGGCACCACUCCUCCUCCUGUUGCUAUGGGCAACCCACCCCACCAUGGCAACCAACUGGCUCUCCCUGGCGAGGCUGCCUCGCUCCAGGCCUGUGUCCGGUGCUGCCCCAUGUGCACGGCUGAGGGGGCUGACCCCAGGGCAGGUGGGGGUGUGCAGGGCACGGGGGGAGGUCAUGGAGUCCGUACGCAAAGCAGCAGAGAUGGUCAUAGAAGAGUGCCAGCACCAGUUCAGGAAUCGCCGUUGGAACUGUUCCACCACCCCACGUGGGAUCAAUGUAUUUGGCAGAGUCAUGAACCAAGGCACUCGUGAGGCGGCCUUUGUGCAUGCUUUGUCCUCCGCAGCUGUGGCAGUAGCGGUGACCCGAGCCUGCACUCGCGGGGAGCUGGAGAGGUGUGGCUGUGACAGGAAGGUCAGGGGGGUCAGCCCCGAGGGUUUCCAGUGGUCUGGGUGCAGUGACAACCUGUCCUAUGGUGUGGCUUUCUCCCAGACAUUUGUGGACGAACCAGAACGAGCCAAGGGGCUGUCAGCAGGACGACCGCUUAUGAAUCUCCAUAACAACGAGGCUGGUCGAAAGGCCAUCCUUCACAACAUGCAGGUGGAGUGUAAGUGUCAUGGUGUCUCUGGCUCUUGUGAGUUGAGGACCUGCUGGAAGGUCAUGCCUCCGUUCAGGCGCGUCGGCGUUGUGCUAAAGGAACGCUUUGAUGGAGCCACAGAGGUCCGGCUGACUCGCAUAGGAUCCAGGACAGCCCUGCUCCCCCGUGACCCCCAGGUCAAACCCCCUGCUGCCAGAGACCUUGUGUACCUUGCGCCUUCUCCAGAUUUCUGCCAUCUCGACCCUGACAACGGUAUCCCUGGGACUGCUGGUAGGAGAUGUAACGGAACUUCUCGGCUGGCACCAGAUGGCUGUGAGCUGGUGUGCUGCGGGCCAGGGUACAGAGCGGGACGGGCUGAGGUGGUGCAGCGCUGCUCCUGCAAGUUCUCCUGGUGCUGCUCAGUCCGCUGCCAGCAGUGCAAGAACACAGUCACUAUUCACACCUGCAGAGUGUAAGACGGCCCAAACAAGACCAAACUAACUGACCUGAACAAACCACCAGACAGACACUUUGGAACACAAAGACGGAAUAAGGACAACACAGACACCAAACUAUCGUACAUGUUGGCCAAAAGUAGGUUUAACUAACUCUCAUCUCGGAGCAGCGAAGCUAGAGUUAAUCCUGUUGUAAAAACUGCAAAGUUAGAGCACAUACAAAAACAAAGAACGAUGACAAAGCAUCAGCAGCAAGUAAGGCACAAUUGAAAAUCACUUCCACCUUUUCUUGACCUUAUUCAACACGGACAAGUGGUCUGUGCCUUACGUAUGCACACAUGAACACAUGCACACAAACAUACUCGCAUUGAACAGCUACUCUCACAUUGAACUGACAAAGCUUUUGAAGCUGAACUUAACCAGAACUAACACAGAAAACAUUGCAGCACUAUUUUUGUUUGAUGCAAACUAUUUGCAUUGUAUCAUAGACUAGCAGGUCGUUGAAAAAUUGACUCUAUUUAUGUUUUCUUCUCUAUUCUCGUUUAUUUAUUUGCGUAUCUUCACUUCAGCCUCCAGCAGUGACAUCUCAAACAGCAAGGAUAACUUCUACUUACACCAGUGUCUGUCUUGUGUUUUGUCCCUCACUGUCAUCUCUUCUGUGAUCCUGCACAAGCAGUCUUUUUAGGUUUGAUCAAGAAAUCUAAUAAAUACAGUAGUUUUAUCCAACAGAUGUUUCUUGAGUUUCUUAUUGGCCAGACAUGUUCAAGAUGUUUCGCUUGAAAUUCUCAACUAAGGUGCACGAGUUAGCUGCAAAGAUAAAGGUACCCUGUGAAGUUUUUGACCACUAGAGGCACUAGGAGCAAUGUUUUAAAGAGUUUAUACAAAUUUUUACAUUGUUUUUUUUUCCUUUCUGUUUCAACCCCCUUUCAAAUAGGAAUUGUAUUAGCCAGUGUGAUUGACGCCCAGAUCUGCACAACACAUUGUUGAGAUUUGGGGAUGUGCCCCUGCAAUCAGUGGUUACCCUCAACACCCUUCUCUCCAUAGACCCACAAGGAUGUUAAUGUGGAUCACUGGGGAACCGUUAUCCCAGCCUUAUAUCAUAUACACUCCUGCCAUGUGCAAAAAGCCAUACAGUGAGUGUAUAGUGCAUGUAAGCCAUGAAACACGGACUGAGUCACCUUGCAAUGCACUGCCAAAAGGCAGAGAAGUAGACAGCUUGUUGAUGUGAAGAAUGAAGGUUUCAAAAUAUUAAAAGACUGGCUUUCCUUUAUGAAAAGGGAAUGUAUUCAGAACAUCAAGAAUACACAGAACGUUUAAGUCAAAAACACUGACGUAAACAUAACUAGUGGUUCAUCGGACCAUCAACAGCUAAAAUGAUCCCUCUUAUGAUUUGUUGUGCAGGUGGCAUUCUCACUCGAACAUACAUAACAAUGGCUACUUCCCAUGUCAUUAAACCAUUUUUAUUAAAAAUAUCCUGUGAUUACAAACACCCAGAAAUCUACUAGCAAAGGUUAUCAUCUCAAUCUCUAUCGAGAUUAAGAUCUAUUGAAAAUAUUACAACUUAAUUUGUUAUAUUAUCAAUCACUCAAAGUUGGUAGUCUAGCGAUAAAAAAAAAAAAAUCUGGAUAAAAUAAAAAGUCAAGUUUCAAAAUGAAUAACUAAAUUUCCCAAAACAGAGUCACAGAAUUAAUACAAUAUACACAAAAGGAGAAUAAAAUAGAAAUUCAUAAGUCACCUUGAGAAGGGAAAUUGGUGAAAAUGCACUUGGCCUCCCGCAAAUGUCACUGGGAGUUGGAAGAAAAUCAUUUCAAACAGCUACCUUUGUCUGGAGUGAUAAUAAAUCUCUUGUGCUUUCGUCAGGGUCAGAAAAGAAAGCAAAUAAAGUAC